AUGCCUUAUGAACUCUUUCGUCUUUACUCUGGUACUGACGAGGAGUGUGUUGAGUUUCGCAAAUGGGUUCGAACCUAUAACAAUAAUUUGGCCUUCACAUCGUUUGGCGCCAAGUAUGAUCGUGCCUUAACAAAGAAUACUAAGGGUGUUUAUACUUUUCGGGUGCAAGGCCAGGUGUACCACUUAUUGAACAGUUUGGUCUCUCCCACUGAUCAAGCUACUGGUGUUCAACUCUAUUUCUACGAUCAGGAAGAGGAGUUGUCAAAAAGAGUCGCUGGUUCGCCUAGGCUACAUGAAAGUACCCUCAAAUUGUUGAUGCGUAUUCUUGAAGCUAAUCCAUACACUAAAUUUUUCAAAGGCCUUCGAGAUGUUCCUGAUCUAGACAACCAUAGGAUUGUUCUCAACUCUGAUCCUCAGUUGGAUCAGCGUGUGUACAGUGUGCCUACUUCAUCCCAAGUUGCUGCCAUUUGGACAGAGGAUGAGGAUGAAGCACUUGAAAAAGGUGCUCAUAUUCAGGUUUAUACACAUUCAAAUGUGAGUCAUAGGAUACCACAUUAUUUUGUGUCCUAUGAUCCAUUACAGUGCCCUCUCUUAUUUCCUCGGGGUGAACCUGGUUGGCAUUAUGGCAUCCCAAAAAGCUUGAUUCAACAGGAACACGCAGCUGCUGAGAGUGGGAAAAAACAACGUGAUACUAUUUCUGCGAGGGAGUACUACUGUUACUUACUUCAGAUGAGAGAAAAAGAUAGAUCAAUGUUGUUGCACACAAGGAGGCUGUUACAGCAAUUUGCUGUUGAUAUUUAUGUGAAGAUCGAAACAUCCAGGCUUGACUUCCAUAGAAAGAAUCAAACUAAUAUUAGGACUGAGAUUCUACAAGGUGUAAUGGAUAGUCUAUCUGCUGGUCAAACCGAAGGAAAAAAUGUCGGUCGUCGAGUUUAUCUCCCAACUUCUUUCAUUGGUGGUCCAAGAGACAUGCGCCGUAGAUAUGUUGAUGCGAUGGCAUUAGUCCAGAAAUUUGGUAGGCCGGAUCUUUUCAUUACCAUGACAUGUAAUACGCAGUGGAGAGAAAUCCAAGAAAAUCUCAAAUAUGGAGAAGAUGCGCAGGAUAGGCCUGAUUUAGUGUCAAGAGUGUUUAGAGCAAAAUUUGAGCUGCUCAAGGCUGAAAUAAAAAGGGGUCUCCCUCAUGCUCACCUCUUAGUCAUCCUUAAGCCAGAAUUUAAACCAUUGAACUCUGAUUCUUAUGAUCGGAUUGUGUCUGCUGAGAUUCCAGAUCCAGAGAAACAGAGCUAUUUGUACAAUCUUGUCAUCAAGCAUAUGAUGCAUGGACCAUGUGGAGUUCUGAAUAAGGACAAUGUUUGCAUGAAAGAUGGACUCUGUAAAAACCAUUAUCCAAAAAAUUUUACCGAAUUCACAGUCCAUACUGAGGAUAGCUACCCGCACUAUAGAAGGCGGAAUAAUGGACGCUCUGUAAGGGUGCGUAAUAGCAGCCUAGACAAUCGAUGGGUUGUGCCAUAUAACCCAUAUCUUCUUGCUCUCUUUGACUGUCACAUGAACGUCGAAAUCUGUUCGAUGGUUAAGUUGGUCAAGUAUUUGUAUAAAUAUGUCUAUAAGGGUCACGAUCGUGUUAGCUUCCAUAUUUAUUCAGAAAAUAACCCUGACAACAUAGAUGAAAUAAAGAAUUUUCAAGCUGGGAGGUGGGUAGCCGCUGCUGAAGCUUUUUGGCGUAUUUAUAGGUUUAAUCUAAAUGAAAUGACUCCUGCUGUGUAUACUCUUCAGUUGCAUCUUCCAGGUCAGCAAAUGAUAUAUUUUCAUAAAAAUACGAAUCUUGCUGAUCUCUUAGAUCGAGCCGAUUUUUCCAAGACAAUGCUGACAGAGUUUUUCCGCAUGAAUAAAACCAACAAACGAGCUCAAAAUCUUAAAUGCCUGUACCGUGACUUCCCAGAAUUUUUUGUCUGGAAGACUGCUAGGAAAAGAUGGACUGAACGGAAGAGAAAAAGAGUCAUUGGUCGUGUUGUUACUGUUGCUCCAAAUGAGGGAGAACGCUACUACUUGCGACUUCUCUUAUCUCAUGUUCGUGCUCCCACGUGUUUUGAAGAUCUCUUGACUGUUAAUGGAAAGCUUAUGAUUUCCUAUAGAGAAGCUGCCUUCCAAAUGGGACUUCUUCAAUCAGACACACAUUUAGAAGACACGCUUAAUAAAGCAGCUGCCUUUCAGAUGCCCUCUUCGUUAAGAACUCUCUUUGCAAUCUUGUUAGCCUAUUGUUCGCCAAGCAAUCCUAAAGUCCUGUGGGAAAAAUAUGAACCUGUGAUGUCAAGCGAUUUUGAGAGAGCUAAGAGUUUUUCUGUUCGAACUGUUGAACACAUAAGAAGAUGUGUUUUGCUGGAUAUAAAUAAAUCCUUGGAACAAAUAGGGAAAAAUGUCAAUGACUACCAUUUGGUACCUGAUGAUUUCAUUCUCAGUCAUGAUGAGCGCCUCACAAGAGAAAUUCAGAGUGAGCUAAGCAUACAAUUUACAGAGCAGGACUUGCUAUUACCUUCACAGCUAAAUAUAGGCCAAAGAUAUGCCUAUGACGUUAUUCUACAGGAGGUUUUCUCCUCUGGCAAUACCAGUUUUUUUGUUGAUGGACCCGGCGGGACUGGUAAAACCUUUCUUUAUCGCUCUAUUCUGGCAACGCUUAGAUCUCAAGGAUUCGUAACAAUAGCUGUUGCAUCAUCUGGAGUAGCUGCAUCUAUUCUUCCAGGUGGGAGAACCGCACACUCAAGGUUUAAAAUCCCGUUGGACAUUUCUGCAAGCAAAGUCUGUCAUAUCAGCAAACAGAGCUCUGUUUCUAAGCUUAUUAUAAUGGCUAAAUUAAUUCUAUGGGAUGAAGCUUCUAUGGCCAAGAGAGACACGAUUGAAAUUUUUGACAGGUUGCUGAGAGAUGUAAUGGAUUCUGAUCUACCCUUUGGUGGCAAAGUAGUAGUAUUUGGGGGAGACUUUCGUCAAACUUUACCUGUAAUUCAGAAUGCAACAAAGGAUCAGCAAAUAGAAGCCAGCUUUGUCAACUCACCUUUAUGGAGUACUCUUCGGAAGUUAAUCUUGACUGAAAACAUGAGAGCUAUCUCUGAUGGCCAAUUCUCUGAUUUCCUGCUAAGGAUAGGCGAAGGUUGCGAACCAAAAGACGAUGAUGGAAAGAUAACUCUAUCAAAGGAUAUAUCAAUCCCUUUUGAUAACAGAGAAAGUUCACUAAACAGGUUAGUGGAUUUUGUGUUUUCGGAUUUGAGCGUUUAUUCAUCUGAUCCAUACCAGAUCACAAACAGAUGUAUUCUUACUCCAAAGAAUACGUGUGUUGAUGAUAUAAAUGAGAUGAUGAUUGAUCGCUUUCCUGGAGAACCUUUUGUGUAUAUGAGCACUGAUCGAACUAUUAAUGAGAGGGAUCAAUCUGACUACGAAGACUUUUUAAACUCUUUGAAUCCCAAGGGUCUGCCCCCUCAUAAAUUGGUGCUAAAGGAAGGUUGCCCAAUUAUUCUUCUUAGGAAUUUGAAUCCUGCAGAAGGCUUAUGCAAUGGAACUCGACUUAUAUGUAGACAGCUAAAGCAGCAUGCGAUUUGUGCAAAGAUUGCAGUUGGUCAGCAUCGAGGAAAAAGGGUUCUUUUACCAAGGAUACCUCUCCAAACAUCAGACAAUGAAAAGAAUGGAGUUCCUUUUAAGCGAACCCAGUUUCCCAUCAGACUUUGCUUUGCUAUGACGAUUAACAAAUCACAGGGACAGACUUUGGAUCGUGUUGGAGUUUAUUUAUGA